GUAACGCGUUAACACAGUACAUUUCUUAUUUUAAUUGUUUGGUGUAUAAUGUUUUGUUUUUUUUUCAUCUAAAAUUUUUAGGAGGGGCGGCGCCCUUCCGCCCUGUAUUGACGCACCGCCACUGGUCAGUGUCCAUGUCACUGACAAUACAUGCUUCCCAGAGGUUCGUAGCAGGAGGGAUACUGUUUGGAAGGUUCUAGAGAUGAGCACCCUAACACUCAACUGCCCUUUGAUAUACUGUGAAGAGCCACCCGUAGUCACAUGGUGCAAACUGAUAGACGUGGACAACUGCACAUCACUGCUGAAAAUCCUAAUGUUAAAGUAUGGCAGAUACCAGACAGGAGUCCUGGUUCAGCCGGCGCUGCUGGACACUUAAUCAUUGUUUAUGUCACUGCUCUGUGCCAGGGCAGGGUCGUUAGGGUCCCCUCCGGGCCUUUGGUCCGCGUUGAGGGCCAGGCUGUGUCGAUCCGCUGCAACGUCUCUGAAUACGAGGGGCCCAGAGAUCAGGACUUUGAGUGGAUGAUGCUGCAGGGACAGAACCAGUUCCAGGUCAUAUCCACGUUCGACAGCUCAUAUACCAACGCCCUCUUCAAGGACCGGGUCUCCAGCGGCGACAUAAGCAUCAAGAAGAUUACCGACUCGUCUGUCGAGCUGAUGAUCAAGAAGGUUCGAGCUACGGACAGCGCCACCUAUCAGUGUAGUACUCCCAGCACUGACACGGUCUUCAGUGGGAACUACAAGGCAGACGUAGCACUCAAAGUGAUAGGGGACAGCCUGAAGGUGGCGCCGUCAAUCCCACAGCCUAUGGUGUCUGAAGGGGAGCAGUUGGAGCUUCACUGCAAUACCACCAGAGCUUUCACAGAGCACACUUCUCUAUCAGUCACUUGGUCUUUCAAGGUAGGAGGCUCUCCAAUGGCGGAGAUCCUGACCUUCGGUCCCGACGACAAGGUCACAGUGGGCGAUAGCUCUGCCCAGCGCUACGCAGAGGGGGGGCUGCGAUUGGACCUCCGUGGAGGUGGGUUCUACGGGCUGGUGCUGUCCGGGGCCCGUCCAGAGGACCAGGGGAAGUACGUGUGCACAGCCAGGGAGUGGGUGAGGCAGGGUGGAGGCUCCUUACACAAGAUCCUGGAGAAGAGUGAAGACAUGGGGAAGGUCACUGUCAAACCUACAGUGAUAGGGGACAGCCUGAAGGUGGCGCCGUCAAUCCCACAGCCUAUGGUGUCUGAAGGGGAGCAGCUGGAGCUUCACUGCAAUACCACCACAGCUUUCACAGAGCACACUUCACUAUCAGUCACUUGGUCUCUCAAGGUGGGAGGCUCUCCAAUGGUGGAGAUCCUGACCUUCGGUCCCGACGACAAGGUCACAGUGGGCGAUAGCUCUGCCCAGCGCUACGCAGAGGGGGGGCUGCGAUUGGACCUGCGCGGAGGUGGGUUCUACGGGCUGGUGCUGUCCGGGGCCCGUCCAGAGGACCAGGGGAAGUACGUGUGCACAGUCAGGUUGUGGGUGAGGCAGGGUGGAGGCUCCUUACACAAGAUCCUGGAGAAGAGUGAAGACAUGGGGAAUGUCACUGUCAAACCUACAGACACAGGUAAUACUGAUCCAGACCAGGAGUGGCUCUCUUAUGUGUACUUCUGUAGGGGCAUAGUGACCCUUGUCUUUAUGGUGAUGCUGAUCUCCUUCCUGAGUCUACAUGGAUGCAAACAGUCUCAAUCAAAAAUGAAGUCCUCACAACUGCAUAUACUGGACAAGACACCACAGGACCGUGUUACUGUGGUGAUGAAUUCCACAGCAGAGGAUAUCCAAUCAAGAGUUCUUACAGCUGAAUGAUGGACAAGUCAGCCCCUGUAAUUACUGUCAUAUUUAGUACACCUUUGAAUUUUAAAGAAUUUCUCUAAUGAACUUCUCUGAUAAUACUGUUCAAUUAUUUUUGUUUUUGUAUUUUUUCUUAAAUAUCAUUGAAGCAUUGUUAACUGUUGGUACGGUCAUGGUGACCUCCAUUUUGAGAAGUGUGGGAUUGUCUCUGGGCCUAUGGUGUUCUUAUGGUAUGUGCCACUGUGUAGCCUAGCGUAGUACGCUUACAGCCAGUUUAUAAGGGUAACAUGUUUAGUGAUAUACAACUGUAAUGGAUGAGGUGGUGGCAAAGAAUUUGAAAAUGUAAAGACAAGUUUUCUCUGCCAAGUCUGCGUGUACACCUGGUCAUCUCAAAGUCCAUUAUCUUGCAUUUACCAGACUUUACCGGUGACACAGUCACUGAGCUUGUCUGGUGGCAGAUAAUUUGAGAAUGUAAAGAUGAGUUUGCUCUGUAUUCUUGUACACCUGGCCAUCUCAAAGGCCAUUACCCUGCUUUUAUCAGACACUGAGCCUGUGUGUUUUUAAUAACACACCCUAACUUUGCUAGCUCAUAGCUCUUUUGCACUGCAAUUGUAUUAAUGUACUGUACAUGUUAUUUCUUCCUUCGAUGUAUUAAACCAACCCAAACAAUGUCAAAUGUGGCUCAUCUCAAAAUAAAAAGGUUUAAAAA